GAAGCUCCGGCUCAGCCAUCCAGCCUCGUAGCUUAACUGAAGAAUGAAACACGAGCGUAAGAGAAAUACGUUCAAUACACAGCAGGCAAGUUAAACACAGCUUUAAGUAGUCUCAACUAUUGAGGUAAGCUUCUAACUGAUGUAAGGCGUUCUUAUUGGGAUAGUUUACUAAAUUACUAAAAUGUAACAUAGCUAUAGCUAAACCACAGAGCUGUCAGUCCAUUUAGCUAGCUAGCCAGCGUCAUUACCGUAACGUUACUAAUAGGUCACGUACGUUAUCAAGCUAACGAGCUAACGUCAAACCACCUAAUCUAAACUCCACGGCAAAGAGUACAAAAACAAUCUGUUGUCGACUAAAACCAGCAGCAAUAAGGAAUGUAAUCCACCACCGAUUAGCUGACGCUAGUGGUUCGCUAAUGGUAACGUUAGCACCAGCUGGCUACCUUGUUCCUGGUGCCCGGGGUCACAGUUUGUGGGAGCUGGAGAGUCGUCUGAAGCGCAGUGUUGACCACUUGCAAUGUGUUUUUACCACAGCUGCGAGGGACGCAAAGCAUAUGCUUUGUGAGGUAGUUCAAAAAUAAUUAAAACAACAUGUAACAGUUCGAAUCCACUGCUGCGGCCAUCGUGUUGAGGGAUGAGAGCCUACUGUCUGUGGAUGAGAGCAGAUUUCUGCUUCUGCAGAUCAUCCGCACCUCACCGGGACUCCAGCGACACCCAGCGGUGAUGGGGGGAACUGUCAGCCCGGGCCAGCCAAGCGUUCCUCUGUCAGAGAUGUAACCGCACCAGUGGUGGAAGAAAUACUCUGUAACUUAGAGUUCCGUGAUCAAACGUGUCUCCAUUAAACCAUGGGAGCUGAUAAAAGGCUUAGUCGGAGUGAACGUAGUGGAAGAUAUGGCUCGGAUGGGAGGAGAGAGGACCCAGAAUGGCACGAUAGACUGGGUAGAGACGUGGAGAGGGAUCAUGACCGACAAUGGGGUGAUGACAGACCCCGAGAACGUUUUGAUGAGCGCAGAGACAGUCCAGAGCAGAGGAGCCGAAAGCGGCGCAAUAGUGACAGAUCUGAUGAUGAGUAUGACGGGGAUUAUCCAGACCAGGACUACAAAAUGGAGCAGGAGGAGGAGGAGGAGAGCAAGACCAUCAUGCUGAGGGGCCUCUCUCUCCAUGUCACAGAGGAUGAUAUACGCUCAUCACUCGAGCAGCUCCAGGGGCCCCAGCCUGUGGACAUUCGCCUAAUGAAGAAAAGGACAGGUAUAAGCCGAGGUUUCGCCUUCGUGGAGUUUUAUCACUUGCAAGAUUCUACACGAUGGAUGGAGACCAAUCAGAACAAGUUGGCGAUCCAGGGCAAGAGCAUUGCGGUGCACUACAGCAACAGGAGACAGAAGUUUGAAAACUGGCUUUGCAAUGCAUGUGGCCUGUACAAUUUCCGGAAGAGGCUGAAGUGUUUCAGGUGUGGAGCAGCCAAAGUUGACGGAGAGCCACCAGCACUAAGUGGUUUAACUGCUGAGUCUCAACAGCCAGGAGAUUACAAUGGAGACACAAUCAUUUUGAGAAACAUUGCUCCUCUUUCAACUGUUGAUGGCAUUUUGAACAUCUUGGCCCCCUAUGCCAACCUGUCGGCGGGCAACAUCCGCCUCAUCAAGGACAAGCAAACGGGACAGAACAGAGGCUUUGCCUUUGUUCAGCUCUCCUCUCCCCUGGAGGCUUCUCAGCUGCUCACCAUUCUCCAAAGCCUCCAGCCACCUCUAAAACUGGACGGAAAAACAAUCGGUGUGGAUUAUGCCAAGAGUGCUAGGAAAGACUCGACUCAGCCCGAUGGGAUCAGAGCAAGCGCUCUCUCUGUCGCCAGCACAGCCAUUGCUGCCGCUCAGUGGUCAUCCAGCCAGUUGCAGCAAGGUUCUGGCACCGCCUCUGACUACAUUGCCCUUCCAGAUGGCUAUGCACAGCAGACACAGGGACAGAAUUAUCAAUUAUGGCAGCAGCCUGAAGCCUUGGCUCCUGUCAUCGGUGAUGGAUUACUCGGAGCUGCUCCAGGAAUGAAGACCUUGAUCCCUGCAGCCGCCGGUGUGGUCAUAUCCCAGACGGCUCAGGUUUACCAUCCUGUCAUUAUCAGCCAGCCUGCCAUACAGCCACACCAGUUAGUGCGGGCUGUUGAUGCAGCGCAGCAGAUUGCACCACCGGUAACACCAGCAGCGUCCACUGCUGCCGCAGCUGUCGUCUGUGCGGCCCCAGCUGUUAACACGACAGCUGCCCCUGACACCUCAGCAUACCAGUAUGAGGAGUCUUCAGGGUACUAUUAUGAUCCACAGACGGGCCUGUACUAUGAUCCCGGCAGCCAAUACUACUAUAACUCUGAGACUCAGCAGUACCUCUACUGGGACAGUGAGAAAGGGAGCUACAUCCCUGCACCAGACAUGAGCUUAGCCAACAGUUCCUCAGCCACGAACAGUAAAGAGCCCAAAGAGAGAAAAGAGAAGCCCAAAAGCAAGUCUGCACAGCAGAUUGCAAAGGACAUGGAGCGGUGGGCAAAAACUUUAAAUAAGCAAAAAGAAAGUUUUAAGAGCGGUUUCCAAGGCUUUGGACCAUCCAAGGAGGAGGAAAGGAGAGAGUCUGCAGCUGCCGAUGCAGGUUUCUUCCUCUUUGAGAAAAAGCAGAUGGGAGGUUUUGAGAUGCCGUCUUUCAUGAUUGAACAAUUCAAGAUCACAGAGCAGGAGACUUCAGCCAAGAGCGGCCUGGUUGCCGCUUACAACGGAGACAGUGACCCCGAGGAGGGCGGCUCCUAUAGAGCAGCAGACGAGGAGGGGAAAAUAACGGACUGGACUAAGAUGGUUUGUCUGCUGUGUCGACGGCAGUUCCCCGCCAAGGAUGCUCUGCUGCGUCACCAGCAGCUCUCUGACCUCCACAAGGUGAGCCUGGAGAAACAGCGUGUGUUUAAUCUGCAAGUAGCUGGGAAUAUUUAAAGUUUCAAUACACAAU